ACAGCAAGCCCAGCUCUGGAAAGGAAGCCGGGCUUGCUGCCUCUCAAGAUGGCGGCAGAGGUGGAGGAUGAAGAGGAAGAGGCAGCAGCGCCAGAGCUGAUUGGCCGCAAGCACAUGUCAGUUUUGCUACAGAAUGAUAUCUUUGUUGACUUCUUCAACACAUUCCUGAAUCUUCCUGUGUUUGGCCAGACACCGACUUUUAUAAGCAGUGUUCGCCAGUGGUAUCUUUGGCCGGAGUUACCAUGCAAUCUGGUAUCAAAAUACAAAGGCUUGUUGAACUGGUUGGAAAAACAUCGCCUCCCUUUCUUUUGCAAAACCAACUUGUGCCUGCACUAUGUUCUUUGCGAGGAGCUCAUCAGCUUUAUCCGGUCUCCAGAGGCGGCGGAGAUGCUGAGAUGGAAAAAAGCCGAUCAGUGGCUUCUUGAGAAAUGCAUUGGUGGCAGCAGGGGAAUGUGGCGCUUCCGUGCCUUCAUGCAAGGAAUGGCAGGAGAAGAGCUGACCAAGUUUUGGUUAGCUGCAGAAAGAAUCCUUGGAAUUGACGAAGCCGAUGAGUCCCAGCAAGACCUCUAUGUUUCACUGAUCCAGGUGUUGAUGGCCACACACUUGCAGGAGGGCUCCACCGUUGUCACUCUUUGUAAUACGUCCAUUGAAUCCCUUUUGAAAAUAUCUCCCCACCACCCUCAACAUGCCCGCACUCGAAGAGAGAUCCUGAGUGAGAUGCAGAAGGUUGCCCUCUUCAAAAUAGAAAGCUACUGGCUCCCUAACUUCUACAUACAUUGCAAGCUGAGCAUGGAAAACGAGCCCAAGUGCCUCCAUCUUCUCCAGGAAUAUCAGGAGAGGUUACACAAGGCAGGUUUGCCGAGGCCAUUGGUGUCCCCUCUGCCGCCGAUGAGCAUCAGAGCAAGCAGCCUCAAAGCAAAGUCCUACUCCAGCCUGAAGAGCAAGAGGAAGGUCUGGGAUCAGAUAAGGGGCAGAAACCUUUCCUCAAAAGAGAAGCGCAGGGGCCGCAGGAGGCCAAAGUCACGGAAGAGCAGCCCAGAGGAGAAAAGGCACCGCUCCUCCAAAAGACCUUCUGUGAAUCCAAGCCCUGGUCAGACAGCUCAUGCCAUGGAGUCUGACAGGGCAGCUGUCUCUGAAGAACCACCAAGCUUCAAAAGCAGUCCGAGUGAAUUCCUACCCUCUCCCGUGGUGGACGAGAUUGUUGAGAAGACCACCCUUAAUAAACUCCGUGCUUCCACUCCAAUGGUCCAGUUCCCCUCCAUGCUAGCCUUAAGGACUCUUGUGAAGUCUCCCAUGUGCUUAGAUUUCCUCCCUUGGGCUCUCACGGCUGAUAAAUGCGCGGGGCGUCCCUUCCGUGGGUUUCUGCUGUGCCGUAGUUAUGCCAUGGAAGUGCAUCUCCUGGACUUGUGGCAUGACUUGGAGGACUUUUUGCGCAUGAUGCUGUGCUCCCUAGGAGAAGGGAAUAUCCUGUUGCGUCAUGUGAUGGGCGAGAGGAUCUGUGAACUAUACCUAACUCAGAGCAACAACUGGCACCUUCCUUUGAAACUAACAACGCUCCGGAGUUUGCAGAAUCUUCUGCCUUCUGGACAUGUUAUCCCCUGGGUACUCAAGGCACAGAAGGAAAUCUGUAAGAUACUCAGCUUCCUGUAUGAGGAAUUCCUGCACCAAGAUGAUAAAAUGUUCCUGUAUUAUGUGAGUGGCAAGGAGAAACAACCUAGUGAAGAGACGCCUUACGAUAAAGAUGAGGACCUCCGGCUAGUCAGAAGGAUAAUUGAAUCUGUGCACCUGAGCCAAGCCUUAGCUGGAAUGAGAGACUUUGAUCUGCUUUCUGGAGAGCACUGGCGAUUGCUUGGCACUCAGGACCUCAGCAAAGGGGGCUCCAUCUUUAUGGAAGUGGAGCCUGUUGUGCGACAGCUUGAUUACAGUAGCAUGGCAUUUGAGGAACUGGCUGUAUUAAACCCCAAGAUGGCUGUGGAACUUCUCAGUAAAAAUUUCAGGGACUUCUGCAAGAAGUUCCCCUCUGGCGGGGUUUUCGUUCGGCCAGUAGUUGCAAGGAGGAGCCUCCACUGGACCAGGUCAAGCCUUUCCUUCAUGAGAAAAGGGCCUGUCUCCAGAAAGUUCCUUUCAAAGCCCAGAUCAUUUACGGAUGUGCUACAGAAUCUAACCCACCUGGAAUACUUCAGGCAUUUUCUCAAGAUGCACAAUGCUGAAGCCCCACUACUUUUCUGGAUGGCUGUGGAAGAACUCAAAAGCGAGCCCAACCCCCAAGUUCAACGUCUUCAAAUCAACCAAUGUGUCAGGACUUUCUUCUUCAACCCUAUCCCACCUGAGAAGCUGCUGCAGUGCAAUGAUGAUAUUAUCAGAGAGAUUCCAAGGGCAACUCUUGUCACUGUUCCCAUGCUGGUGACAGCACAAAUGGCUGUCAAGAAGGCUUUGGAGGAUAAAUGGUUUUCAUUGUAUCAGGGCUUAUAUCCUGAUACUGAUGUUACACUUCUGCUCCCUCCACCAGCGAAGCCAAAGAGGGCCUCCAUGAUAAGAGACAAGCUGAGAAGGACCUGGCAUGUACUUGAUGCAGUUAUUAAAAUGGUCUGCAGGUUUCGCAAAGCAAUGAGCUAUGCAUUACAGCGCAAGCGUUUUGAAGAAUUCCUCCGCCGGGAACUGAAAAAUGACAAGGAAAAUCUGCCAGUCCAGGGCCCAACACGUAUGAGCGUUAGUGGACCCAGUGGGCGUUCUGGUGCACUUUCAGGUAUUUCAGAGGAUGUUGAAGUGGUGCAAGUGAAACGCAAGAUAUUUGGCAACCGUAUCAUCUCUGUCAACUUCCUGGUCAAUGACCUCUAUUUUUACCUAGAGGUGGAGAAGUUUUUCCACCUGGCUGACUCAGUGGUGGUGCUGACCACCCUGGGAUUGUAUACAGAGAAAGAUAUUGCCUUUCUGAAGAGCAAAGUGGCCACCAUCAACAAACUGUUUUUGAAUUCAGACAUCCCACCUAAACUGAGGGUCAACCUCACAGAUGCACAGGUGGCUCAAAUCCGGAGUCAAAUUGCUGAAGGUGUGCUGAACAGGACCCUUUAUCAUGUUGCCAUCAUCUCUAUCUUCCCGAUUUUAUUACACUUCUGGAAGAAGUACUGCCAUUGGAAGGUGAUGAGGGGCUUCAAAAAAAUUAAGUCAGAAAAGGUGGUCCUUUCUCCAUCAUCACCAACACUACAACUUCCCUCAAAAAAGCCAAGCAGGAAACUCAGUGGUUACAGUGGAGAAGAUCAUCCAAUCAUCAGAUAUACAAUCCUCAAAGGAAUCCAGCUCCUAUUGCCUCAGCCCAAGGAGGAAACAGAGGAAACACUUGGUGAGAAAUCUUCAUUUGGAAGUCUGGCCCCUUUCCAAAAGUCUUCCUCAUAUGCAAGUAUAUCUUUCGGAAAGUCUUCUUCAGCGCUCCAUGUGUCACAAAGACGGUUGUCAACAAGUCAAGAUUUUCCCAAAAAAGUACCAUGACCAACCACAAUGAUUAUGCCAGCAGUCUUUUCCCACUGGAUGACAAAACUCUGUGGCAGGUCAGGACUGGGGCCCUUUGCUGGAACUCCAGAAAGUCACAUGGGUUGUAACAGGUAAAGUGAGAGAGACUUCCUGCAGUAUCAUCUCUCUUGCGUGAUGUUUUCUGUUCCCUGCAAUAGAUGUCCCUAAACAAACAGAAAAGAGAGAAAAUAAACUUUCAAUAUGAAGAAGUUUUGUAUUUUAGUAGAAGGGAUAAGAUGUUUCUGUGUACUUUGUGUAGGUAUCUGUAUGAAGCAUAGCAAGGAUCAAAGGUCUACUAAUGAAUUAAGAGUGGAAUGCAAAAAAAGGGUAUUUUAAUUAUGUGUUACUUUCUUAUACUUUAACAAUAGCAAUUUGAGCAAAACUGUUUCUACUCAUUCAGCAGCUUAGAGCUUGGGAAAGUUUUUUUGGCUACAGCUCCCAGUCUCCUGUGUCCCCACUUGGGAGGGUGGUGGGACCAAGAGAAAGGCCUCCCCUGAUGAUCUUAACACCUGGGUAGGCUCAUAAAAGGGAGAUGCCGUCUUUGAAAUAGUUUGGACCCAAAGCCAUUUAAGGCUUUAUAGAUUAAAACUAGCACUUUGAAUCAUGCCCAGAAAUGGAUGGGCAGCCAGCAGAGCGGCUGUAACAGGGGAGUGAUGUGAUUUCUAUGCACUUUCUGUGCACUCCCCCCACUCAACAUGCCAAUACAGGUAUAGGGAACACCUGAUCCAAGCCAUGACAACAGUAUGGUGCUAAGUUAGGGCAAUGGGCUGAGAAAUUUUUAAAAUGAAAAAUGUUAGUAUUUUGAAUCCAGGAUUCUUUUUUUCCCCUUAAGGUACGUAUCAAAGUGUAUGCAACUUGAGAGGGAAAAGAGGUGGAAGUGGGUGGACAAUUAUGUAUACAUUGAAGUGCACCUGAUCACA